UCCUGUUGUGUGGCUCCGCCGGUGACUAUGACAGCAGCCUGUGUGGUGGCUGCCUGACACACGGCGAGGAGUUUACAGGAUGCAGACAUGAAAACAUGGAGAUUAAACACCUGUAAUAUCUGAAACCCCACGGUCACACCUGAGAACCAUGAAACUCGCCACUGUGGCCUUUUACGGGUUUGCUCUGGCUCUUCUGGCGGCUGGCCUGCGAGAGUUGCUGACUGGCUUCGAGGAGAACAGAUGUAGUAUGACCUAUAUGUUUGAAUAUCCAGAGUACCGGCGGGUGGCUCUACCUCGCCGCGUGGCCAGACUGUACCCGGCGUACGGGCUCUACCUGUACGGAGAGGGCGUGUACGCUCAGGAGACCCGAGCGCUCAAACUCACCGGUGCACCUGUUCUCUUCCUACCUGGCAAUGCAGGCAGUUACAAACAAGCUCGCUCUCUGGGCUCUGUGGCCUUGAGGAAGGCGGAAAACAUGGAGGGAGGUCUCCACUUCAACGUGUUCACCGUGGACUUCAACGAGGAGCUGGUGGCGCUUUACGGCGGCAGUCUGCUCAGGCAGACACACUUCCUGCAUGAGAGCAUUAAGGCCAUCCUGAGGCUGUACAAGCACCUGAAGACCCCCCCACAGAGUGUGGUGCUGGUCGGUCACUCUAUGGGAGGGGUGGUGGCUCGAGCGCUCUUCACUUUGCCCCGCUUUAACAGCAACCUGGUCAGCCUCAUCAUCACACAGGCCUCCCCUCACCUGGCUCCAGUUCUGGCUCUGGACCCCUACCUGCUGGAUUUCUACUCUACAGUGAGGCACAAGUGGGUGACCCAGGCAAAAAAGCUCAGGAACGUCACAGUGUUGUCUGUAGGAGGUGGUUACCGUGACUACCAGGUUCGCUCCGGCCUGAUAUCCCUACCGUGUCCCCAGGGAGACCCCAAUAAGUUUUCCCUGGUGGCGACUGCAGUCCCCAGGACAUGGGUGUCCACUGACCACCUGUCCAUCGUUUGGUGCAAAGAGCUUGUUCUUGCUACAGUCAGGGCGUUCUUCGACCUCAUCGAUCCCGAAACCCGACAGUUCACACACAACCCGGAGAAGAAGAUGGCCGUACUUAACCAUCACUUCAUCAGACACCCUGUGAGGCUGGUGGGAGAAACCCAGGACAACUCCAUCUCCAUCUUAGAUUUUCCUGAAGCAUGGAGUGAAGUAAACACGCUGCGUCUGGCUUACAGCACACCAAAGGAGGGACAGGUCAAAUACUUCCUGUUUGCACUGUCGAGCCGAAGGAAAGCCUACAGCCACUUCUACUGUCGGAGCAGCAACCUGGAGAUGACGAGCUGGGUUUAUGGCUGUGCGAACAAGAACGGUUCCUCAUGUGUGCGUGCAGUUGAUCUGUCCAUGGCCACUGAGCUUCUCCCACCAUACAAGGUCCUGAUUCUGAGUCUCAGUGACUUGUCCUCCGUCACUCACCUGGUUGUUUCAGCAUCAAACCUCAAUGGCAGACAGUACACGGUAGAGUGCGAGUGGCAAAGAGAGGAAUCUCAGACUCUGUCGGUCACAGUGCCACAUGUUCUGUCCUUCGGUUUGACUGCGAGUGAUGUUACGGUCAACUCCUCUGGACUCCUUCACGGCAUCAAGCUGCAUCACUUUCACCAGGCCUAUCAAGCUUUUAGAAUCAAUGUGGCAAGCCAGUGCAAAGUACACAAAGAGAGACUACCCAAUGUGUACAGAAUACAUGUACCCUGGUUCAGAGAGGACUCUUUAACAACAGCCAGUGUGCCGUCAGUGACUGAGAUCUCAGGGAUGCUCCACACAAGUCGUCCAGACAACACCUCAGGUGUCCUCCUUCAGCUCCACACUUCCCCCAACUGCCAAUAUAAGGUGUCGGUAAGGACUUCAUUACCCAGAGUUCUUGGACAGAUUCUGAGGUUUUGUGGACCCAUGGUGCCGGUGUACACAGCUGUAACGCUCCUCCUGGCCUGUGGGGGGCAGCUUACCUCCAUCCUCAAAUCAGGGCGAGCUGCAGAGAUGAGCCAGGUGGUGGGAAAUGGCCUGCAGCCUCACAAAGUCAAUCUGCCUGUUUAUAUUCUGCACAUCUUGCUCAGCUGCAGCUGUUUUCAAGAAAGCUGGGCAAUGCUUUUCCUCCCCCUCAUGGAUUCCCUCCCACCCACCACCCCUGAUGUAACAUUUCAUGAGGGCAUGAUACCAGUUGAUGAAUGGCCGCACCUCCUGUCCCCUCUGCUGUACAUCUUUGGGGCAGCUGUUGCAUACUGGGGCAGCACACUCCUCCGCCUCAUAAUGCGACUCGUCUCACUCGUUUUAGCUCCGCUACACAGACCAUCUGUCUCCAGAGACUGUGGCACGCUGCGAUGGCGGACCCAGCUCUUCAUCACUCUGUGUCUGGCUAUUUUGAGUUGGACGUCCUGUGGAGCGUUGUCAAUCUGUUUCGCCUUUCUGUUCCACCUCUACAGGGUUCUGAGGCUGCAGAUGACAGAGAGAUCGUUGAGCCACAUGUUGAAUCUGGCGCCUCAGAAGCACAAAGAGGCUGAGAAUGGCACAGUCCAUGCUGAAUCCUCAAGCAAGCCUAAAGAAUGUAACGGCGCCCCCCUGCUGUCAGAGAGUGCUCUGCAGGAGGUGAGGGAUGACUUACAGCUCCACCUCUGCCUGUCGGCGCUCUGCACACUGCCUGUCAUGCUCAUAGCACCCUCACUCAUCCACUGGAUCCGCAACCUGAGGUACUCUCACCAGUUGGACCCAGACCCUUGCUGGCCACACCUUGUGCCUCUAAUUCUCGUGUACAUGCUGCUUAUUAACUGCAACACUUUAAAACUCAGCAAAAGUAAAUUCCUGCCUCUGACAUCCUGCCUCCCUCUCCCCUUGGCCAUCGCCAUGGUGACUUUCUCUCCGCUCCACCUCUACAGAGUCACCUACUUCCUGUUGGCGGCCCUCGUCCCUCUGGCCUUGUGUAGUCUGCUCUGACGGUACCUGACUGGUUUCAGUCCACAUCUCCACCAUUACAAGCCUUUCUCUAACUCACAGCUUUACUCACUGAAGCUGGUGGGGGGACGACUCACUCCGUCUAGCUGCCGUGGAGCAGAGCCAUAGACAUACAUAGCUUGGGGAACUGCCUGCUCAAUGUUGGCGCUAAAAGCUCCAUGGUGAUUACACUAUGUUUUAAUAAGAGAGGAUGUAAUGGCCCUGGAACAUUUGGUGCGAAUAUGGCUGUGAAGGAUCGACCUGAAACCAAGUUUGCCUUACUUUGUAUAUCUAUAGCUCUGCCUUCAAGGAGCAACAACUCCAUAACCAGUGAAGCUACUGAUACUAGAGGUACACAACAGGGUGUUACUGUUAUGAUGUGUUCUUUUUGAUUCGUGCUUACAGUGGCUUGUGGUCACUGCGCUGUAUACUCCUACACUGCCUACUGCUUAGCUAAGACUUAAAGCUGUGUGUUAUUUCUGCUUAUAUACUGCCGCAGCGUGGACACAAAAACAGUGGCCGUUUCAUGAAUUCAUUCCUCAAGGAAAAUCCAAAGUAAUCACGUUUGCACUCCUCCUUAUACACUCUUUGAAAUAGAUCAACGACAAUGGCAGCAAAAUGAAACAGGCUUCAGUGCAUUUGUAACGUUCCUGCUUUGUCUUGAAUAGUCCAGAAGAAGAAAGUCAUGAUCUAAUCAACAUUUUAAACACAUUGCGAUUCAUUAUGAGGUUACACAUAGGAUCAUAUUUUCAGUCUUGUUUCUAGUGUGGUAUGUUGACAUAAAAUGAAUAAUCACUACUUCACUCCCUCAGGCAUUAGUGUCUGUUAAAGACCGAAAUAAUUUAAACGUUAAACUUCAAACUAAACACAGAUAUCAUUUAAAGCUCCUGUGAUGAACUUUCACUUUGUGUCGAUUUUGGCGCCCCCCUGUGGACAAAGUAGUAAUUCUCUGCUGGUCGUGUUCUGUACAUGCACAAGAAGUAUUUCUUGAGACAAAAACCUCAACCAGCUUUCUCAUAACAGGCAAACCUUUCAAUCCAUGUAAAUGUUGGUGAGUAAAAAUGUUGAAAAGGCUGUUUGUGCUCGGUGAUGUUAAACACGACAUCUGACAUAAAAAAGUUGCUGAUAGUCUUGUUUGCUUUUGAACUCACAUUAUGUCAUCAUGAUUAACUUUAGUCUUCUUCAAAACCAGCUUAAAAAAGUCCUCACAGGAGUUUUAAAGGGGAAAACAUCCAAUGACAUAUAUAUCAGCUGUUAGAUGGAUUUUACUGUGUGACAUAAAUAAUAGAGCUUUUCAGUUACCAGAGACAGUUACUCAGAAGCCUGAUUUAUAUGAAAAAUGUCUAAAUCAAAGAAUAUUUAACAUUAUCAAACAAUUUUAACCAUUUGUUGUCUUGAACAUGGUUUUAAAAGUUGUGAUGCUACAUGUGCUACAAACAGCUGAGAGAGAGUACGAGGUAGACGCUCACAACUGAUGACACACUACAAUAAGAAUAUGUCUGAUAGGACAGUAUGAACGGAUGAUAUGAAUAAAUUCUCUCGGCAGCAGCAGACUUAAAAUAAUCACCUAACAGUCGUGUGGUUAGAAAUAAUCGUGCCAUAAUUUUCCUACUUGAAAUAAAUGAGCCAAGAACAAGAAGCGGCUCGGACGCCAUUUGCUUUGUUAAUGAUUAAAAGCCUUGUUUCUUUAUUUUAAUACUGUUACAUCAAACAGCCCAGUUUCACCUAUUCUUUUCUUGAAUUCAGAAUAAUUUGAAUUCUUUGUUGUUCUCAACAUUGUGCUGCUCUUUUUACAGAAAUAACUAAAUGCAGUGAUUCAAUAUCCUGCACAGAUAUUUCAAAUUAAAAGCUCACAGGGAAUCAAAGAUUCAGCGUGAUCCCAGAAUUUCAGCGAGAAUCAGCACCGCAGGUUUUUUUGAUGGAUUUAAGACAAAGCUUAUUGUUUAGUGAACUAAACAGGAGGAGGACCUCGGUAGGACACAUGGACAUUACAUCAUGUUUGAAAUAAUAUUAUCUGUUCCUACAAAGGUAAAUGUGUUGUGCAGACAGGAGAUUUAAUAGAUACAUUCACUACUUAACGCCUUAUGCUGCAGCUGGAAAGAAUAAAGAUCUGACAUGUUGGAUUGAGACGUUUGCUCGCCUAUUUGAGGAUUUGA